AUGCCUGUUCCUGAUGUUUCUGAUGAUGUCACCAUUCCUAAUGACAUCAACAUUCAUGAUGACAUCAAUGUUCCUGAUUACAUAGAUAUUCCUGAUGAUUUAGACAUUCCAGAUGAUUUGGGCAUUCCUAAUGGCAUUGACUAUCCUGAUGACAUAAACCUUGCUGAUGAAUUAGUCCUUCCUGAUGUCAUAGACAUUCCUGAUGACAUCAAUGUUCCUGAUGACAUAGAUAUUCCUGAUAAUUUAGACAUUCCAGUUGAUUUGGGCAUUCCUGAUGGCAUUGACUUUGCUGAUGACAUCAACAUUCCUGAUUACACAGACCUUCAAGAUGGCAUAGACAUUGUUGGUGUCAUUCCUGAUGAUUUAGAAAUUCCUGAUGGCGUUGCUAUUCAUGAUGAGGCAGACGUUCCUCAUGAUGUAAACAUGCUUGAUGACUUAGGCAUUCCUGACAAAGUUGACAAUCCUGAUGACACUGACAUUCCUGAUGACAGCAACGUUCCUGAUGAUGUAGAUAUUUCUAAUUACAUAAUUAAUGACACAGACAUUCCUGAUCUGAUUGAGCUUAAUUCAGUUUCCAAGCCACUGAUAGGAAGUAACAGACACAAUCCUACCCAGACUUGGUUCGAGAAACUCUUGACGUUUGAGACCAUCCCUCGCAAGCUCAUUUCCCUGUGCUAUUUGACCUUGGAAGGCAAGACCGUGGGUUUCCAAGCCCGGAGCCUCUUUCCAUCUUGGCUGCGGCAGACAGAAGUUCAAGAGAUGGUCACUGAAUACGACUUCAAGCUGAAAUGUGCAGAGAAUGCCAUUGUCAAGCUGGAGGCAAACACAACAUCUAUACAGAACUCUGUAGCGGAAGCCAAACGAACCACAGAUCUUCAGUUUCAAGAACUUCAAGAUGCCGUCAAGAAUGCUCAUUCCAAAGUGCUGGAGUUCCUGGAACAACGUGAGCGAGCGGCUAUCAACCAGUCCAUCGGUAUUAAGACCCACCUCGAACAGCAGUGCAAUGAAAUUAGGAAGAUUAAAGCUAAAGUGGAGGGGAUUGCCAAACACACAAACGAGUUCUGCUUCCUCCAGGAAUAUUGUGAAUUUAAGAAGGCCGCAGGAGACGACACCCUCCCCAGCGUUUAUAUCGGAUUUAUAGACAAGUUGUCUGGGAUCAGGAAGGUGCUAAAAGAUUCAACCACCAAAGUUAUUCAUGUCCUGCAGACCUCAUACAUGGAUAAUCUUCAGGAGUUUGCUAAGGAAGAGGAUGUAGGGAUGAAGACCAUGGUAUCCGCAAUUAUGUCAAAGAAUCACAAGUUAACAGCUCCCGACCCCUCCACUAGAGAAGACUUUCUGAAAUACAAAACAAACGUUACCCUGGACCCGGUAACCGCUCACUGCUUCCUGAGGUUACUGCAGAACAACCGUAAAGUGAACAAUGUAUCUCCAUGGCAACAGUCGUACCCGGAACACCCAGAAAGGUUCGAGCACUGGCGUCAGGUUCUAAGUGAAGAAAGUUUUUACAUGGGUCGCCACUACUUCGAGGCUGAAUUCAAAGGGGAGGUCAUCUACAUUGGCAUGACCUACAACAGCAUUGACCGGAAGGGGACGGAGAGUAACAGCAACAUUACUGGAAAUGAUUUCUCCUGGACCCUCAAAUGGAACGGUAAAGAAUUUUCCGCCUGGCACAGCGAUGUGGAGACACCACUAAAGAAGGAGAAGUUUUCAAGGAUUGGAGUCUAUAUAGAUUACCAGAGAGGCACGGUGGCCUUCUAUGGGGUCAAGGACACCAUGACUCUUCUCCACAGGUUUGAGGGCACCUUUUCCGAACCCCUUUAUGCUGCCUUUUGGCUUCCCAAAAAGGAAAGCUCAGUGACCAUAAUUAGUCCAGAUGACAUGGCCCAAAGUGUGCCAAGCAUGGAAACCAAGGUGUUGACAGCCACUUCCAAGGAGACCAUCAUGCUGACUACUUCUAAGACGGACGUUUUAAUCAAUACCACAGUUCAGACCAUCAAGGUGGAGACAAGUAGCAGUGUUCUGCCCAGCAGUGUUAAUAAAUGAUUCCAAAUUAGUGAAAUUUGUAUUACACUUUGUUUUUCCUGUUGCAAAGACUACUGCAUUGUAGGAGUGCAAAGCAUCCUGGGAAAGAGAAGUCUC